AUGCGUAAAGCCGGUCUGAAACAAAAAACCAAGCGGACCGCCGCUAGAUCUCCGUUCGAUAGCGCUACAAGCUACCGUCCAAGGGAUGAGGAUACCCACAUGGACGGAGAGUCAAGCGAGGAAGAAGAAGAUGUCCCCGAAAAAGAUGACGCCGAGAAGAAGCUGGAGCAGAUGCUCUUCGGUGACGACAAUGGCUUCCUGGGCAAUCUGAAGAACCAGCAGGAUCGGGCUGAUGCUAUGGCUCUCACAUUGCAGAGUGAUGAGGAUAAUGACAGCGCUGAUGAAGCCGCGGAGGAUAGGGAGGAGGGAGCAGGCAUGGAUGAUAUGGCCGAUGCCGAUCUCUUCUUUCUCGACUCGGGCACUGCACCCGACUCUACCGAUAUAAUCCCCUCCCCCGAAACAUUGUCAAUUGCCGAAGAAGAUGAGGAUUUAACUCCAGCAGUGUGGCACGACAGCGACGACGAGCGAUUGGCCGUCUCUUUGGCGGGUCAGUCCAGGCUACGCAAACUGCGAGUCGCAGAAGAUGAAGAUGUGGUCACUGGCAAGGAGUAUAUCCGGCGACUGCGCAGACAGUUCCAGCGAUUGCAUCCGACCCCCGAAUGGGCGAACCCAGAGCUGGCAGCCAAGCGCCGAAAGACCGAUUCGGACAACUCCGAUGCGGGCAGUGGACCAGAAAUGGAUACCGACAACGAGGAGGAGGAGCUGUCAAUGCAGCCCCUGGCCAAACUACUUCAGAAUGCCACUGACUUAACGCGAGUGGAGGACAAUGCGCGGUCAGGUGGGAAGCGGAAGUUGCGCCAGGAAGUCCUUGAUAUCCAAAGACUGAAGGAUGUUGGGAAAACUCAGCCGUCUUCUGUCGACUCGUUGAUGUUCCAUCCCCACUAUCCUCUCUUAUUGUCUUCUGGGCCCGCAUCGACCCUAUUCCUACACCAUGUCUCUCCUAAUGCGCCAGCUCCGAACCCGCUCUUGACAUCCUUGCACAUCCGGCGCACGCCCAUCCACACAUCCGCCUUUGCGCCGCCCACAGGGAACAAGAUAUUUGCUUCUGGUCGCCGCCGAUACUUUCAUAUCUGGGAUCUCGACACAGGGAAGGUGGACAAGGUUAACGUGACGGCAGACCGAAAGGAGGAGCAGAAAUCCAUGGAACGAUUCAAGCUCUCUCCGUGCGGGCGGUACGUGGGGUUUGUCGGUAGCUCGCGCAAGGGCGGCGGUCUCGUCAACGUCCUGAAUGCCGGGACGGCGCAGUGGAUCGCCCAGGUGCGCGUGGACGGCCGCGGUGGUGUGGCCGACUUCGCGUGGUGGUCCGACGGCGAGGGCUUGACGGUGGUCAGCAAGAACGGCGAGGUAUCCGAAUGGGAGGGGCGCCAGCGCCGGGUUGUCGCUCGCUGGCUGGACGCCGGCGCUGUCGGUACGACCGUUCUCAGCCUGGGCGGCCGCUCAGGCCGCACCCAGCUCGGCGGGGACCGCUGGGUUGCCAUCGGUAGCUCCAGCGGCAUCGUCAACGUCUAUGACCGCCGUGAGUGGGCUGCCGCCUAUGCGAAUGCCUCGUCCGCCGAGAGGAACGGCCCCGCUCAGUCUGGUAUCCCGCGCAACCCGACCCCCGUGCGCGCCUUGGACCAGCUCACUACCCCGAUCAGUCACUUGGUCUUUGCGCCCGAUGGCCAGAUGCUGGCCAUGGGUAGUCGGUGGAAGCGCGAUGCUCUUCGACUUGUUCACCUCCCCUCUUGCACAGUAUACCGCAACUGGCCUACCUCUAACACACCGUUUGGCCGCAUCUCAUCGGUGGCCAUCUCUCCCAAUUCAGAGCAGUUGGCUGUGGCUAAUGAACAAGGACGGAUCCGACUUUGGGAGAUCCGGGGAUGA